AUGGCGUUGGCGCCCUGCGGGUCAUCGCCUGCAGCUGGCGCCCGGUUCUUCUGCACCGCGGGUCGCGGCCUGGAGCCCUUCCUGAUGCGGGAGGUGCGGGCCCGGCUGGAGGCCACGCAGGUUGAAUAUCUUUCAGGAAAAGUUUUUUUCACCACUUGUUCUGACUUGAAUAUGCUGAAAAAAUUAAAAUCUGCAGAACGAUUAUUUUUGCUGAUUACAAAGCAGUUUCCACUUACUGUCACUUCUGCAAGUAAAGGAAAAAUAUUCAAUGAAAUACAAAAACUUAUACAUGAUGACCCAGAAAGUUGGUUGAAUGCCAUUUCCAUUUGGAAAAAUCUUGAAGUUGAUACAAAAAAGGAAAAAUUUCCUCAAAGAGAUGCUAACCCAUUAAAAAGAAAAGUGGGAGACAAUGACGUCAUCAUUGCUAAGAAAUUUAAAACAGGACAAACGCAAGAAAUAAAGGAGAACAAAGAAUGCCACCUGGAAAAAGAAGUAAAAGAAACACUGGAGCAAGAAGACUUUAUCACGAAAAGAGAACCAUUUCAGGAAGAAUUUCAGAAUGAUGGAGCCAAAGUAGCUAAUAACCAGAGUGACUUGACUUUCAGAGUUUCUUGUCGAUGCAGUGGAGCUAUUGCAAAGACCUUUACUGCACAGGAGAUGGGAAGAGUAAUUGGAGUUGCUCUUAUGAAACAGUUUGGAUGGAAAGCAGAUUUGAGGACUCCGAGUAUAGAGCUUCAUCAUUUUUAUUUACAUCAUGUUUUUUCACAUCGAGUAAUUUGGGGUGUAUCAUCUGGCUCUUUUCUUUGUAGGAUUCCAUUAGCCAGCAGAGCUUACAUCAAGACAGCGGGACUGAGAUCUACCAUCGCAUGGGCAAUGGCCUCGCUUGCUGAAAUUAAGGUAAGAAGUGGUACAUUUGUUUUAGAUCCGAUGUGUGGACUUAGAAGUGUUCUUCUGGAAGCUGCCAAAGAAUGGCCAGAUGUGUAUUAUGUGGGUGCUGAUGUUAGUCACUCACAGUUACUCGGUGCCUAUGACAAUCUGAGAGCUGCAGGCCUUAAGGAUAAAGUUGAGUUACUUAAAGCCUCUGUCAUCGAAUUGCCAUUGCCUCCAGAAAGUGUCGAUAUUAUUAUUUCUGACAUUCCAUUUGGGAAAAAAUUUAAGUUAGGAAAAGACAUCAAAAGCAUUCUACAAGCAAUGGAAAGAAUGCUCCGUGUCGGUGGAACCAUCGUAUUACUGCUUAGCGCAGAUCAUUACCAGCUCCUUAGCGAUUGUAAGGAGCGUAACAUCUCUUUGAGCCACACCAAUGAACCUGGAAUUGAAAAAUGCUUGAAUCCCAAAGAAAAAACUGGCCUACCAGACACAGUGGCAUCCUCAUUAGAAGCCAGUAACCAGGGAUGCUUAGACAAAACGCCACCAUUUGGCUCUUUAGUGCCAGUGGAGUGCUACAAAGUCAGCCUUGGAAAGACAGAUGCAUUUAUAUGUAAACACAGGAAAGUCCACUCCUCUGGCCCACAGCAGACUUGCUGCUCUCAGCCAGGCUCAGGCCCUCAGACUGCAGCUGCACAGCAGUAGCCGGGGGUUAUCUCUGGGGCCUUGGUCAAACCCUGAGUGCCAAGUAAACAAACUGAAGACUGGCAUCUGGCCAUCGGAGCUGGGCAUCAGUGCAUAGGAGUUUCUGCUUUGUAUGCUAAAGAGGUCUGGGUUUCUGACCAAAAACAAUGAAUGACCAAACUAAAGGACUCAAACUUUGUAUUCCAUGAGAAGAUCUGCUCUCGUUAGGACUGUGUGAGCAAAGCUUCAACUUGAAACGUUUUCAGAAGUUCACAGAUUGUGUAUUGCUGUCACAACAAGGCUGGUGAUAUAUCCUGACUCAGACUUUUUUAAAUACAGAGAUGGUUAUGUGUUACUUCUUAAUUUUGAUAUUUUGAGCCUACAAUUUUCUUCUCCAUUGGAAAGUAAUUUUUAUUUGUAAUAUAUUUUGUUUGUUCCAUAUUAUGUAAAACAUCAAUGGGGAUGAUGAAAGUAUGAAUUAAGCCAACCUCCAACAUGAUGGAAAAAAUUUUUUCUAAAAACAUUAAUA